AACUUAUGUGUAUUAGUAUCAUGUGUAACGUCCAUUGCAUCAUGUGUUUCUGUAAAACGGUUGCUGGACUAAACUGCAACUGCUAUCCAGCGUUUAGUUAGAACCUAGACGUAGAAGCCUGAAUGUCUGACUAGUACAGAAGCCACAACAAAUGUAGGUUCUUGAAAACUGGAUUACACGAAAAUGUUGUCCAAAUCUUAUUUCCUUUGGACAGAAGCCACAACAACGUUUAGUUAGAACAGCUUGAGCAAUAAUUCAGUUUAAACUAAGUUUUGAUGGUCUAAUACAUAUAUAAAUAUCGAGUACUCCAACUCGAAGGAAAUCAGAUUACCAAGUUUCAGAUCUAUUAUAUCUUUCAUCUGCUAGCUCUAAGGUUGAUCAUCACUCUAUACAUUUUUUUCGACAAAAUGGAGUCGAGCCCAGUGCAAGAGAAGUCGAUUCCAGAUGAAAAGCCACACGUUUCAAUCAGUAUGCAAGAACUGAUUGCUUCUUCCAUUAAGGAGAAGCUUGAAACCAGUGCACCUCGUUCGCGUAAAAAAGGAGGAUGUUCAAUUCACAGGGUUCCAGAAAAGUUUCACAAAAUGAUCGAGCCUAGUGUCUACAAGCCUGAGGCGAUCUCUAUUGGUCCAUACCACUGUAAAAAUGACAGCUUACAAGCAACACAAGAUUUGAAGCUUCUGUAUGCGCACAACCUCCUCACCAAAACAGCUAACCAAAAAUUCAAAAAAGAAGAAGAAACAACUCACACUAUUAAGUUGGACUCCUCGGGAAAGCUAGUUACAGCAGAAGGGUGGUCGAUCAUAUUAGAGGAAUGUAUCUCGUCUAUUGAGAAGAUGGAAACUAUAAUUCGUGAGCGUUAUUCAGAACCAAUUGACCUCGACAGAGGGCGGGAAUUCGUAGAAAUGAUGGUGAUUGAUGGUUUGUUCAUUAUUGGGUUUUUAGCCGGACCAUGCCAAGACAAAUACAUUUUCGAUGACCUUUUGUACUGUAAUGAUUGGCUGUCGAUAGCGGUGCGGCAUGAUUUGCUACUUCUUGAAAACCAAAUCCCAUGGUUUGUCCUUAAAUGCUUAUUCAACAUAAUUCUAGAUGCGGUUCUUAUUGAUCAGCCAGACCCAGAGGGCACGUCCCUUGAAAUGUUGGUUAUUCAAUUUUUCAAGAGCAGUUCCUUUCUGUAUAUGCUGCCAACUGAAAAAGAUCUUCUCAAAACACAUCCAGAUCAGUGUGAAAACGCUGAGCAUUUGCUAGAUUUUCUUUUUAUAUUACACCAAAAUGGCAAAAAAGAUCCGGCCAUUAGCUCGCCAUCGUCAUGGAAAAUCUUAAAGAUUCUGCUGAAGUUGAAGGACAACAAAGUAGUCAAGUCCACAGAACCAGUAUAUUCAUCCAUGAAACUAUUUAUUCAAACUCUAAUCACGAAGCUACAACUACUAUGUCGUAAGUUCGUGAGAGUUUUUUCGGUUGGACCUAUCGAUGAGAAUAAGGAUUCGUAUUCAUAUAACUCACGCAGGAUGGAAUUCAUACCAAGUGCGACAGAGCUAAGUCGUGCAGGAGUCAAGUUCAAAAAGGGAUCUACCAAAGGAAGUUUUUUGGAUGUUAAUUUCAGGAGAGAAGAAGGUAUUUUGGAGAUCCCUCCUAUAUAUCUCUGCGAUGGAACUGAGACAUUGUUUAGAAAUCUUAUCGCCUGUGAGCAAUUAUACAAAGGAAGCCAUGUUAUGAGUUCGUAUGCUACUUUAAUGGAUUGCCUCAUAAAUUCUCCAGAUGAUGUUAAGGUUCUUCGUAAACAAGAAAUAAUCACCAGUUAUUUAGGCUGUGAUGAAGACGUCGCUGAUAUCUUUAACAAGCUUUCUGUUGAGAUAUGUAACGACAACAAUUAUUAUGCUCCAUAUACCAUUGGAAUAAACAAGUACUACAAGAAGCGUCGGCAUAUUUGGAAAGCAGCUUUGAAACGCGAAUACUUCAGCAAUCCAUGGACAAUUGUUUCGGUCCUUGCUGCAGUUCUACUUAUUGCACUUACGAUCACAUCCACAGUAUUUGGGAUCCUUUCAUUCCUAGUACCCAAGUCAUGAUUAUAUGCAGUCGUCUGACUAGACCGGAUGCGAGUAAGCAUUCCAAUGAAAGUUACAUAGUUUAUCGUGGGGAUAUUGCAUGUCUUCAGUGUAGGAGUUUUUGUUAAGGAUGUGUAUUGCAUUAUUAUUAUUAUUAUUAUUAUUAUAAUAAUUAGAUAAAGAGUAUUACAUUAACUAGUUGGAAGCCUAACAAGCUAAGCUCCAACAACGCACUACUACAGGAAUCCGAAGCGGGAGGAGGGCUGAGAUUGUGUCACAAGGAGGACAAGCAACAUUACGUCAUUGGAGACUCGAACCUGGAACCUCGUGGAGCGCAUGAAACUUUGGGAAACGGGAAUGACCAGUUGAGCUAGGGGCCGUUGCGAAGCAUAUUUGUAUUUGUGGUGUGAAGAAAAGGUGAGUCUUGAUGAAUAAAUCAUUUUUUUGUCUAAUGGGUUUUUAAGGUAUCUGGGCUAUAACUAAUAUUCAAAUCCACAACCACGAGUAUCUUUAACGCAGCCAAGCAGAAGCAGGCGUAUAUAAAAAGUUCCUCUUUUUUUUUGCUUGAUAAUACUCAUUUAUAAUUAAAAGUCAAGAGGUAAACCAAAGUUACAAAACCACCCCUUCAACAGGGUAAAAAAACAGAAAAAUUACCAAAAACAAACAAAAGACAAGAAAAAAACUAGCUAAAUCAGUAAUAUGGGUAGUCUGGUACUUGGACGACUAUUAUAAAUUCUUCUUUCACCUUUAGCUAGUCCAGACCCCUUC